GUGACAAUGUUCUGUCUUGAUACCCAACACCUUCAAAAAUCCAUCUUUUUUACUAAUAACCAAUACUUAUAUUUUUAUUAUUACUAACUAAAAUAAUCAUAUUUAAUCAUUCUCUCUCUUUUCAUUUCAUUUUCCUUUCAAAUAAAGUCUCUCUCUUUCUCUCUCCCUCACAUUUCUAUCCAUUUUCGCCUUUUGUUUCCCUCUAAUUUACAAUCCCUACCCUCCGUCCCUCUCUCUCUCUUUCUAAUUUCUAAUUCACCUGGAACAAUAUGAACCAUAAUAAUACUAUAUGAUCAUUUGAUAGAUUCCUGUUCUUCUAUCUAUCGAUUCCAUUCGGCUGUUAGGGUUUCAAUAUAAUAUAUCGUUUUCCAAUAUGGAAUCCGAGGAUGAGUUCGAUAUGCAGGAUGCCGCCGCUGAUUCCGCUGAUGACGAUUUCUACAGCGGAGGAGACGAUGCAUUUGACAGCGAUGACGCCGAUGUUGCUGAUUACGAGUUCAUCGACAAUGAUUCGGAUGAUUCCGAUGACCUCAUCUCCCAUCGCCACCAGCAAAACUACACUAUUCUUAGUGAAGCAGAUAUCCAUCAACGUCAAGAAGAUGAUAUUAUGAGGAUAUCUACUGUACUUUCCAUUUCAAAGGUUUCAGCUAGCAUUUUGCUCCGCUAUUACAACUGGAGUGUCAGUAAAGUGCAUGAUGAAUGGUUUGCAGAUGAAGAAAAGGUUCGCAGGGCUGUUGGCUUAUUGGAGAAACCAGUUGUUGAAUUUCCAGAUGGUAGAGAAAUGACAUGUGGAAUUUGUUUUGAAACCUAUCCUUGUGAUACGUUGCAUGCUGCAGCUUGUGGUCAUCCAUUUUGUAAUACGUGCUGGCAAGGUUAUAUUAGCACAUCUAUUAAUGAUGGUCCUGGAUGUUUGAUGUUGCGAUGUCCUGAUCCAUCUUGUAGUGCUGCUAUUGGUAAAGAUAUGAUAAAUGAAUUGGCUUCUGAUGAAGACAAGGAAAAGUAUUCCCGUUAUUUCAUUAGAUCUUACAUUGAGGACAACAGAAAGACCAAAUGGUGCCCUGCUCCAGGAUGUGAUUAUGCUGUAGAUUUUAUUGUUGGCAGCGGAAGUUAUGAUGUUACUUGCCGCUGCUCAUAUAGCUUUUGUUGGAAUUGUACUGAAGAAGCUCACCGCCCUGUUGAUUGUGGGACUGUGGCCAAGUGGAUAUUGAAGAAUAGUGCCGAAUCUGAAAAUAUGAACUGGAUACUGGCUAAUUCCAAACCUUGUCCGAAGUGCAAGCGACCAAUCGAGAAAAACCAAGGCUGUAUGCAUAUUACAUGCACACCACCUUGUAAAUUUGAGUUUUGCUGGCUUUGCCUUGGUGCAUGGUCAGAUCAUGGGGAGAGGACUGGUGGGUUUUAUGCAUGUAACCGCUAUGAGACUGCAAAGCAAGAGGGAGUGUAUGACGAGGCUGAGAAGCGAAGAGAAAUGGCCAAGAACUCUCUAGAAAGAUAUACUCAUUAUUAUGAACGAUGGGCCACCAACCAAUCAUCUAGGCAAAAGGCAUUGACAGACCUACAGCAAAUGCAAACUGUACAUCUUGAGAAGCUGAGUGACAUACAGUGUCAACCUGAGUCGCAGCUAAAGUUCAUUACAGAGGCCUGGCUACAGAUCGUUGAAUGCAGGCGAGUUUUGAAAUGGACUUACGCCUAUGGAUAUUAUUUACCUGAGCAUGAGCAUGCCAAGAGACAGUUCUUUGAGUAUUUGCAAGGUGAGGCCGAGUCUGGGUUAGAACGACUUCAUCAAUGUGCUGAGAAGGAGCUCCAAGUUUAUCUAAAUUCAGAGGGCCCUUCAAAGGAUUUUAAUGAAUUCCGCACCAAACUUGCUGGACUCACCAGUGUGACCCGGAACUACUUUGAGAAUUUAGUUCGAGCUUUGGAGAAUGGUCUAUCAGAUGUGGACUCUCACGGUGCCUGCAGUAGGACAGCAAGCUCAAAGAGCUUGGGAGGGGGAAGCAGCAGGGGAAAAGGUGGAAGAGGCAAGGGCUCCACAUCCAGAUCAAGUGGUCCUAGCAGAAAUAUUGAUGAUUCUGGGCACUGGUCUUGCGAGCAUUGCACCUUUGCUAAUAUCAGAUCGGCCACCAUUUGUGCAAUGUGCCAGCAUCGUCGAUAAAUCUCAUCCGUUACUCAGAUUUGCCACCUGGAUUGAAGUUACCAGUUUUGCCUCCUUGGCUGUCCAGUUUUAUUGGGAAGAGAUCUUUAUCGCCUUGCUGGGGAGGGAAAGAAUAAAGUUCUGACUGGUCUCACAGCUUUAAGAUCUGAACUGCAGUGACGGAUAAUGGAAAUAGGAAGGGUGGGGAGGGGGGAGUAAAAGCUUCACCUCAAAGAUUGUUUCUGGAAUCAAUCAGCUGUAAAUAGUUCCUGCCAUUUACGGCCAUCUUAACUUGUAUUGCCAUCAGGCACACCAGGAUCCAUGCAAAUGUAUCCAUCUGUAAUCUUCAUGGUAAUUUAUUUAUGUUGUUACUAAUAGAGUUAUAGUAGACUUGAAAGCUUUCAAGUAAUUUGUAGUAGUGAUAACCACUUGGGGUCGAUUGGCUGUAGCUGUAUUGGCCCCAACUAGAAUGAAAUAAAUAUGUUGUACCAUUUUAUUAUGCUUGA